AUUCACUAACGCCUAUUUCUAAUUGGGAUGGAUUAAUAGAAAUUCGUUAUUCACAUUUGGAGUAUGUUGCCCCCCUGCUUCUAAUUAUUCUUGUUAGGUCGUAAGCUGGAUAUGCGCCAGGGUUCCAUCACCGAUAACAGUUUAUUAUCGACGUCUAUAUUUUACUUGGCACAUCACGCGUUUCUAUAAUGAGUGGACGAGCACACAAUAAUAAAGGCAAAUUUCGGCGCAAUGUGAAAGCCAAACACAAUACCGAACGCAAAUUUGCAGAACAGGAAAAUGAACUGGCCUCCGGCUCCAGCAGCGAUUCGGACUCCUCGUCUUCCCCACCAGACGAGCUUGGUCAACCACCGUCGUUUGAGGUGGCCAUGUGGGAUCUAAAUCACUGUGAUCCAAAGAAAUGUUCUGGCCGCAAGCUAGCACGAUUGGGUCUUAUUACUAAUCUGCGCCUAGGUCAAAAGUUUCCCGGUUUGGUGCUCUCGCCGGUUGGCCAAUUGUGUGUCAGUCCCAUGGAUCGUGAUAUUUUGGCUUCUUCUGGUGUGGCUGUGAUUGAUUGUUCCUGGGCCAAGCUGGAUGAAACACCAUUCAAUCGUAUGCGUAGUCCAAAUCCCCGCCUUUUGCCUUUCCUAGUAGCUGCCAAUCCCAUCAAUUAUGGCAAACCCUGCAAAUUAAGCUGUGUUGAGGCUAUAGCAGCCACAUUGCAUAUUUGUGGUUUUCCAGAAGAGGCACGAUGGUUUCUGGGUAAAUUCUCAUGGGGUCAUGCAUUCCUGGAACUUAAUGAAAAGCUGUUAAAGGCAUAUGCCGAAUGUAAAAACAGCGAAGAGAUACUAAAAGUUCAAAAUGAAUAUCUAGAGGCUGAGCAGCAGGAACGUAAUAAACCAAGAGAUUUAAAGGAAUUUUAUCCGACAAGUAGCAGCAGUAGCAGUGAAUGUGAAGAGGAUGAGGAACCAGCGGAUACCAAGAGCUAAUCUAUAUUUUUGUGUUAGGUCUGUGCUAUUUUAUUUCUCAUUAAUUAAAAACUUAUUUCAAGUGACAAAAA